UGGAUUUGGUCUUUUAAAAUAAUUCUUUAAUUUGGUAUACUUGUACGCUUCUUCUUCUUCAAGGCCGGCCUUCUAUUAUAUAAGCUUUGUCUCUGCAUUAUACUAACUACUUCAUUUUCCAAAAUGUCUAAGCGAUUCAAACUCAAGCUUUCUCUUGCCAUGCCUUCUUUUCAAAUCUGUAGACUCAAAAAUGAUUCCGACAAACCCGUUCCUUCUAUCUUCAGGAUCUCAACUUUCAAUCGUAAAUCAUACGACAUCAGUUACCCUAAACUUCCAGACCCACCGCCAACCACACCGGAAUUAGCAUCCAUCAAACGCCGUGUUUCUCGGAAAAAAUCAUCACUCGGCUGCACCAGACGCCAAACAAGACCUCUCGCACAUUACUUAGCUGAUUGCAGCAUUGGAUCUCCGGAUUACUUGGCAUUCAAGAAAGUAGCUGACAGAAGUACUGUGAAGUUCCCAACCAGCACACUUCACAGGCUUUCGCAGAGUCGGAGUGCUGUCUCAUUUUCCGAUGACAGUUUCGACAGUUUUUCGCCUGUUUUAAUAACUGCAAACCCGAAAAACAAGACUCGAGAAAAGAAGAACAGAAUCAAUGAUGAAACUAGCGUUUGUGUUUCAUCAGAAUACGAUGGUUGCUGUUUUAGCAGCGAACCCGAAGAUCAAAGUAUUGAAACCGAAACCUUAAUCUUUCCAUCAGGAAGCUUCUCGUACGAUUCCUCUUUUGAUUUUUGUCAUCCAGUAAAAACAAAAAUCAAGAAAUCAGAACAUGCAAGCAAAAAAUUACCAAGUAAAACAAGAAUUCGGAAACUCAGGCGUCAGGUAUCAAAGGAGAAAAACGUAAUUAGUUCUCCAUUGCGAAGAUCAGUUCUGAAAAAGAUGAUGAUGACGAACAACAAGACCGAUGGAACAGUGAAGGAGAGCGUCGCGGUGGUGAAGAAAUCGGAGAAUCCUUAUGAGGAUUUUAAAAGGUCAAUGUUAGAAAUGAUAUUGGAGAAGCAAAUGUUUGAGGAAAAUGAGUUAGAAGAACUGUUGCAGUGUUUUCUGUCAUUGAAUUCCAGGCAGUAUCAUGGUGUUAUUAUUGAAGCUUUCUCAGAGAUUUGGGAAAUCUUGUUCUGUGAUUCUCCUGUGAAGAAGAAGAAUUCUGUGAAACUUAAAGCUUGAAGAUGGUUAAAACAGAAAAACUGUAUAUUUUUUACUUGUGCCAUUUCAGUUUCUUACUGAUUGAUAUAUCCUUUUAUAUUUUAAUAGUAAACGGUUAAACCAUAAUGAAA